AAGUGAUUUUAAAGUGAAGAAGUAAAUUAUUUAUACUGAGUUUUUUUUAGGAUUUUCACUGAGAUGAACGUUAAAUUUCUGUUGUCCAUUUAUUACUUAUGUAUAUCUUCAUGGUCUUGUUUUGUUAAAUCGUCUGCCGUGAACGAGGAACAUCCAUUUCGGAUGCGAAAGGUGAGCGUACUUUGGGAAAAAGCAAAACGUAUUGGACUGAGUCAAGAGAAAAUGAACAACUUGUACGUAGAGUUGGAAAGACAGGAUCGAGACGAGAGAAAAUGGAAACAUCAGAAACAUAACGGAAAAGACAAGUAUGGCGAAAUGGAGGCGAUCUUAAGAAGUAAUCUUGUAAAUAUUAUGACAAAAUACGGUUUGGUUGUUGAGAAAAAAGAUAAAGGUAGCGAGCCAACUGGAGAUCAUAUUCACACAAACAGGGUGCAAGAUGGAGCGUUUGUGAAAGAUAAUAGACUUGAGAAGUUGUGGGAGUAUGCCAAAAGCAACGGUGGCUUCACUAAGCAAGAGCUUGAAGAUUUACGCAUCGAGCUGGGUCAUCAUCACGAUAAAUGGAAGCAAUUCAAGGAUUUGGUUAAUUUAGUGUCAUCAUAUGAAGAUAAUGAGAAUGUGGUCGACAAUAGUCUGCCCGAUUAUAAAGAUAUUGCAAAAUUAAGAGACGAGAUGGAUGUAAAACAGAGACAAGUUGAAAAUAGUUAUCGCCGUUUAAAAGUGAAGGUGUUACAAGGAGCUGUGGACGAGGAAUAUCAUGAUUAUCGUGUUCGAGAUUUGUGGAAAAGAGCUAAAGCUCAAGGACUGUCUGGUGAUGAACUUGAUAUCAUUAAGGAGGAACUCCGUCAUUUUGACAACAAGAUAGUCAAACAUGAUGAUCUUCAAGAACAACUUGACUUUGCACAAGAUUUAUUGGACAAAGGACAUGAUCACCUGAAAGGAAAACAUGAAAAACUAACGGCAAAGGUUCAAGAACAUAGGAGAUAUAUAAAGAAACUUUAUGCCACAUAUGACAGCAAAAUUGGACCACAUAAUGAACUGUGAUGAUGGAAGAACAGUUAUGUGUUGGUCAGUUUUUGGACAAUUCCAAAAUGUUUGGUUACUUUGGUAUCAAAAUCCCAAACUUCGGAUUUCAUAGUGUGAAGUUAUAGAUCAGUUUGAAAUAGUUUUUUGCACUCCCUCCUCGGUUAAAGGCUUUAUAAAGAUAAAUACAUAUUACAAUAUUAGUUCAUGUACGGGGGGCGUGCACUAAGUUUCUUGGCGGCUUCUUUUAAACACGAGCAACGCUUUGUUAAUCAAAAGGAUUGCUUUAGUUAUUGAAUUUGAUUGUUUGUCAGUACAAUUAUAAAUGUCCAUGUUUGAAGCUUUCA